UGGCAGAUCCCUUUCCAUCUCUUUCUCCUCACCGCUUCCUUUCUAUCUCACAACUCUGGUCCUUCCACCCACCGAAUACACAUCCUGCCAACAAUGGGUUCGACUCCUCAUCCCGUUGUGUCUGAGGGAAUCAUCUCGCCUGGUGCCUGGGCCCUCAUUUCGUCCAACUUCUCGCCUUAUGCCAAGGACACACUCGGCAAGGUGGUCAACUUUGUCAUUAACGAGUGCAACCCAGCCGAGGAGACCUACCAUGCGCAGCUCGGCAAGGACGCAGCGACUCGAUGGACGACUGUGCCUCCGGUGAUUGAAGACCUCAAGAAAAAGGCCAAGGCACAGGGCCUCUGGAACCUCUUCCUGUCCAAAGCCCACUACCCCAAGCACGGCACACCGCUGACCAACCUCGAGUAUGGCGUCAUGGCCGAGGUCAUGGGACGAGGUGGCCACUUCACCAGCGAGGCUUUCAACUGCAGCGCGCCAGACACGGGCAACAUGGAGGUGCUGGCAAAGUACGGAAACGAGGAGCAGCAGCGCACCUGGCUCAUUCCCCUUCUCAACGGCGAGAUCCGAUCAGCGUUUGCCAUGACGGAAAAGAACGUGGCGUCGUCGGAUGCGACCAACAUCUGCACCUCGAUCCGGCAAGAGGGCGACGAGAUUGUCAUCAACGGACACAAGUGGUGGAUCUCGGGCGCGGGUGACCCGCGCUGCAAGGUGCACCUGCUCAUGGGCAAGUCGCACCCAGACAACGAAAACGCGUACCGGCAGCAGUCGAUGGUCAUCAUCCCUGCCAACACGCCUGGCGUGCGUGUCGUGAGGCCGAUGCACGUCUUUGGCUACGACGAUGCGCCCGAGGGCCACUGCGAGAUUCUGUACGAAAACGUGCGGGUGCCGCUCAAGAACCUCAUCAAGGGCUGGGGCGCCGGCUUCGAGAUCAUCCAGGGCCGCCUGGGUCCCGGCCGGAUCCACCACUGCAUGCGGACCGUCGGCACGGCAGAGCGGGCACUCGAGUACAUGGUGCGAAGAGCGACGGACAAGAAGAGGACGCCGUUUGGAAAGAUGCUGUGCGAGCACGGCACCGUGGUGGCGAAUAUCGCCCAGUGCCGCAUCAAGAUCGAACAGGCCCGUCUACUCGUCCUCUCGGCCGCCAGGAUGAUCGACCUGUACGGCGCAAAGGCGGCUCAGAGCCAGAUUGCGUAUGCCAAGGUUGCCGUCAUCAACUCGUCGCUCGAAGUCGUCGACCAUGCGAUGCAGGUCCACGGCGCUGCAGGCAUCAGCCAGGACUUUCCCCUGGCGGGCAUGUAUGCUGGCCUGCGGACGCUGCGAUACGCAGACGGGCCCGAUGAGGUGCACCUCCAGCAGCAGGGCCGACAGGAGCUCAAGAAGUCGGAGAAGCUUUGGCUGCGCUACAACGCGACGAUGGCCAAGAGCAAGGAGGUCCAGAAGGCCUACAAUGUCAAAGCGCACCUGUAGAUUUCUCUCUCACUCUCUCACUCUCCCUUGCUCGUCCGGUGUCAUUGGUUACUCUCUCCUCUCCCACCUCUUUUUGUGAUUCUACACUCGUCAAAUAAGCGGCAAAAGUCAUGGUCAAAUUCUAACGAUGAAAGAACAAAGAAGUUUAAGCCUUGGUUGGCUUGGGAGGCGUCUUGAUUGGGUACUUUGUCUUGUCCACCUUGGGCACCGUUCCAAGACCGAGCACCUUGUUGCCGUAUACCUUCCACCACGGGGUCGAUGCUGGGAUCUGGGCGUUGCCGGGCAGGCCCGUGUAGACGAGGUCGGCCCAGUUGGGCCAGAUGCUGC